AUGUCAUAUUUUGAUGGCGAACAAGGUCGUAUACAAGCUGAAACAAUGGAAAUAGCUGUUGCACUUAUUUGUCAACUUCCAUCACAAAAACAAAAUUAUUUACGAAUAAAAAAACAAGUUGAUCAUAUAAUACAUCGUCAUGAAAUUUUAUUUACUGGAAUGCUUAGAAAACUUGAUUUAUUAUCAAUAACAAUUCAUAAGAAUGAAACAAAUCGUCAAGAUAUGGUUGAUGAUCUACUUUGUCUUGAUUUAACAAGAAUUUUUAAUUCGUUACUUGAAAAUGAUAAUAUAACUUGGGGAAAAAUAAUUACUAUUCUUGCUUUUAGUACGUUUAUUGCUAAGAAACAUAGUGAAAUAGCGGAUAGAAUUGCAUGUGUGACAGGACAAUAUAUUGUUAAAAAAUUAACACCAUGGAUUAAAGAUCAUGGUGGAUGGGUAAAUAAAUUAGCGUUUGAAUUUAAAAUGCAAACGAAAAUGCUUGAAAGACAAGCAGCAACACAUGAUAAACAGGAAAAACUUGAACGUGAAAAAGUUAAAAAAGCAUUGAUGAAAGGAAAUAUCGAAGCUGGAAAAAUUCAUGCUGAAAAUGCUAUUCGACAUCAUUCUGAAUCAUUAAAUUGUAAACGUAUGGCAGCUCGUGUUGACGGUGUACAAGCACGUGUAGCUAAUUCAGCUGCACAACGACAAAUGGCACAAAGUCUUAAACAAACAGUUACAUUAAUGUCGAAAGUAACAGCAAAUAUGCCAUUAACUGAAACAUCAAAAUUAAUGGAUAGUUUGGAAAAAAAUUUCGAAGAUCUUGAAGUUAAAACAAAAGUUAUGGAUGAUGCAAUGCAAAAUGCAACAUCAGUUCAACAACCCGUUGAUCAAGUUGCUAAUCUUAUGCAAGAAAUGGCUGAUGAAGCUGGCAUUGAACUUAAUCUUAAUAUUCCAAAUGCACCUACAAAUGUUUCAGUUGCUGCGAGAGAACAAGAUGAACUUAGUCAACGAUUACAAAAAUUACGUGAAACAUAA